AUGGUUCCUUUCCUGGCGCCGUUGCUGGGCAGCGUGGCGGCCAAGGUUGGUGACGCGCUGGUGGGCGAGCUGCUGCGGGCGUGGGGGCUGGACAAGGCCCGCCGGAAGUUGGAGCGCCACCUCGCUGCCGUCCAGUGCAUCAUGCUGGACGCCGAGGCCAAGAGCCGCACCAACCCCGCUGUCCGCCAGUGGAUGACGGACCUCAAGACUGCCGCCUACCAAGCUGACGACAUCCUUGAUGCCUUCCGAUGCGAGGCUUUGCGCCGCCGUGCCGCUCAUAUCCGCCACUCCACCGCACGUAAGGCGCUGAGCUACUUUACCGUCAAUAGUCCCGUUGUUUUCCGUCUAUCCAUGAGCAGGAAGAUGAAGGAUGCCCUUGAGAUGAUAGAUGAACUGGUUGUCGAGAUGAACAAUUUUCACUUCCUACAACUUACCGAGACACCAACUAUUGAUCAUCCACAAACACACUCUCAUGUUGAUGAAUCAGAUAUAGUCGGCAGACAAGAUGAGAAGGAACAAGUGGUGAAGAUAUUGCUCGACCACGCCGACAACAACAAUAAGAAUAACAAUGUCAUGGUGCUUCCCAUAGUUGGUAUGGGGGGAAUUGGUAAGACUACACUUGCCCAACUUGUGCACAAUGAUCCGAGGGUGAUGCAUCAUUUUGAGUUGGUCAUAUGGGUCUGUGUCUCUGACAAGUUUGUUAUUGAAGAAAUUAUUCGAUCUAUUAUACAAGUGGUUACAAUGAACAAGUGUGAAUUGACUGAGAUGGAAGCACUUGAGAAGAAACUUGGUGAAGUGUUGGGAAAGAAAAGGUGCCUCCUAGUGUUGGAUGAUGUUUGGAAUGAAGAUAGACAGAAGUGGGAUGAGAUGAGAUCAUUGUUGUGCUCACAUGUUGGCUCAGGUAGUGCAAUAAUUGUGACAAGCCGAAGUGAUCGAGUUGCUUCUAUCAUGGGCACACUUCCUCCACAUAUGAUAUUUGUUCUAAAUGAGGACCAAUCAUGGGAGCUUUUUCGUAGAAGCACAUUUGGAAGCGGAGUGGAAAAACAAGGGGAAUUGAUUUCAGUUGCUAAGAGUAUUCUCCAUAAGUGCAAGGGAUUGCCUCUUGCUAUCAAGACCAUAUCUGCUUUACUUCAGUCGAAGCAUCAUACUCAAUGGUUCUCUGUUCUGGAUAGUGAUGUCUGGAAAGAUGAUAUCAUCACAUCUACCGGAAUUGUACCCGCACUACAGCUAAGCUAUUAUAACUUGUCAUCGGAAGCAAAAACAUGCUUUUCAUUCUGUGCUAUUUUCCCCAAGGAUAGCAUGUUGGAGAAAGACACGUUAAUCCAGCUAUGGAUGGCAAAUGACUUUAUUGCAUCGGAAGCAAGAGGCGAACACAUUUUUGAUGUGCUAGUUUGGAGAUGUUUUCUUCAAGAUGUGGAGACUCAAAAAAAAUUGCGCCCUGAACUUCGAUAUGGGAAUUUUCAUUCUGUUCAAGAUGAAUUCAUCCACCAACCAACUACUUGCAAGAUGCAUGAUCUUAUUCAUGAUCUCGCUGACAACAAUCUUCAUCAUGUCAAGAAAACUCCAGUUCAUUACAAAAUGAGGUUCGACAUUUGUCACUUGAGUAUGAAAUUGCCAAAGGGCAUGGGAUGUAUGAUCAGUCUUUGGCACGUCUUCCUCGUUGGUUGUCAUCGUUUGGAGCACAUGCCACGAGGUAUUGGUCAGCUGAAUUCUCUGCGGACGUUGACAAGUUAUGUCAUUGAUAGUGAUGCGAGUCGUGGAAUUGUUCAACUGAAAAAUUUGAAUCUAGGUGGUGCUCUUUCUUUGUCUGGGAUAAGAAAAGUACAUAGUGCAGAAAAUGCUAAACAAGGCAAUAUGUCCGCCAAGCACAAUUUAAAAAGAUUAUCACUUGAUUGGUAUGGAUCUUAUAGCACAAAUAUUGGAUUUGAACUUGAUACUAAUCCAGAAGGAAUAUUGGAAGCCCUUUGUCCGGGCAAAAGGCUUGAAGCUUUACAACUAUGUAAUUAUACCGGUGCUAAAUUGUCAACAUGGAUGCACAACUCUACACUAUUGGAGAAUCUCAGUGAACUUUCUCUCAGUAGCUGCCAGAACUGCAAGGAUCUUCCACCAUUAUGGCAGCUGCCCUCUCUCGUGUACUUGAGUUUGGAUAGUUUGGGUAGCUUGACAAGUAUAUGUGUUGGUAAUAAUGAUACUAACAAUGUGGAAUCAUGUAUUUCUCCACCACAUUUCUUUCCUAAAUUGGAAACGAUGAUAGUUUCCAACAUGCCUAAGCUAGAGAGAUGGCACCAAGAGGUGGCAGGACAAGUAGCAGUUGUAUCAUUCCCUCAGCUCAAGAAGCUCAGUAUUUCCGAAUGCCCAAUGCUAGCAAGCAUGCCCAAGAUGAUCCCUUUGCUUGAUGAUCUACUGGUGAAUGAAGCAAGAGACAUUCCCCUUUACCAUCUGAUGAAUCUGUCUGUGCAAUCUAAUCUCAAGUGUAAAGGAUCCAUUAAAAUGAAACGUAGAGUUGGUUGGCUGCAUGAAGAUCUUCAUUUCUCGAGGAUUGGUAACUCUAAUGUGAGCCUGCUACUCACAGGUUUGAGUGGAAAUGUAGAGCGCUUUCAAGAGGAGUUGAGUAAAAUACCUUCCAGAUUUAUUAAGGAGCUAGGUAUAGAAAAUUGUGACUGCCUUUUCUCAUCUGAAGCAUCAGAAAUACAACAGAAUAUAUGGAAACAUUUUGGUUUUGUUGAAAGAAUGUGGAUUUCAAGCAUCAAUAAUAUAAUACAAUGGCCAUUGGUAGAAUUCAGAAACCUGAAUUGUCUUCGAAGUCUACAUUUGCUCGAUUGUUCCAACUUAACCGGUUCCCUUCCAUCAACAAUAUCUGAUGAGGAAAAUUUCCAGCAUCCUCGACUCCAGAAUCAUUUAGUUAUAAAUUGUGGAAAAUGGUUGGAGGUACCAAAGUUGCCCUCAUCGCUUGAAACUUUGCACAUCGCUCGUUGUCCCAAGCUGGUGUCAAUGCCAAGAAACCUUUGGAACAUGACAAAAUUGAGAGAAAUCUUUGUGAUGGACUGUGCUACCCUGACGACGUUUCCAGAUGGAAUGUAUGGAGUCACUGCGCUCAAGAAGCUAGAUAUUUGGAAAUGCCCAAGGUUAGAGACACUACCGGAGGGACUCCUGCAGCAGCUCCCGGCCCUCGAGCAACUAACUAUCAAAGAUUGCCCGAACUUGAAGGGAGCCUUCUCAAGAGGAGGUGUUUACUGGAAUUUGGUGAAAUCAAUUAGACAUCGAUUAGUUUAA